AGUUAGUGGACAGUUGUGUUCUCUCAGCAAGAACAGCCAAAGCUCAUGGGAAAGGGAGCACAACAAAGAAUUUUAAAGUCUGGAAUUUAAGUGAGAUUGAACAAGAUACUGCUUCAGAGAACUCAGAAGUCAACUGAUUAAACUUGUGUAACAGCACUCCACUGUGAAGUGAGUCAGUUGCAUCAGAGGGAAACUUACACUUACGGAUAGAUACAGUGAACUGCAAACAGUCCACAAGGUUAAAAACCUCAACAGACUCUCAGAGAGUUGAAAUAUCCAAAUGUACAAUGACUCGUGAUGUUUUCCCACUGCUGCUGCUCCUGCUGCUUUUCUUAUCUAUAUUUGAGACAUCCCAUUGCUGCCUGCAGGACUCUGUUUCAGCCUACAGAUUUACCGGAGUCGUCUGCCGGUUCACCUACCCUGCUGCUGUUGUGUUGAAUGAGAAAACGACAAAAGUGAUUGAGGCAGCAUUCCAAAAUGCCAAAUACCCAAGUGUGAAGGGAGAUAAAUCUCUGCUCUUUAUAGGCAGAGUCAUAUAUGGCCUGGACAAUUUGGUGAUUCACAACCUGUCGAUUGGUCGAAGUGAGUUUGAGCUGCGUACAGGUGAAGGCAUCACCAUGGAAAUAAGCAAUGUGUCCGCAGACUUCAGAGGGACCAUCCAGUAUGGAUAUGGCAGCUGGCUUGUCAGCGCUGCACACUCAAUUGACUUUGAGAUUGAGUCCCAGAUUGAUUUUAGAAUCAACCCCAAACUUUACUGUGGUGAAGGGAAAGUAGCAGCAGACACAUCAGACUGUUAUCUGAACUUUCACAAGCUCCAUCUGCAUCUGCAGGGAGACAGAGAACCAAACUGGCUGAAGAAGCUCUUCACUGACUUCAUCACCUUCACCAUCAAACUGCUCAUCAAGGGGCAGAUUUGCAAGGAGAUCAACAAAGCGGCAAAUAUACUGGCUGACUUCAUACAAGGCACAGCAGAGGAGUUUCUCAGUGAUGGAGACAUCAGUGUGGAUAUUGGCGUAACUGCUGCUCCUGUCAUCACUGCUAACUACAUAGAAUCAUAUCACAAGGGGGUGACAAACUACAACAACACUUCCACUGCUAUCAGUGACUCCGUUUUCCAUCCCUGUCAGCUGACUGAAGACAGGAUGCUCUACUUUUGGGUGUCAGACCAAGUCUUUAACUCCAUGCUUACUGCUGCCCACAAAGAUGGCCGCUUGCAACUCAAAAUCUCUGGAGCAGAGCUCACUGAAAUUUUCAAGACAAAUCUCUCCAGUGCCAUGCCUGAAUUUAUUAGAAAGUGUCUGUUGGAAUCAGGUGCUCCAGAGCUAAGAGUGUGGAGUUCUACUGUUCCGUACCUAAACACCUCCACCUCUGGUACAACUGUCUGGGUGCAGGCCUCCGGGAAGCUCAACUGUGGGAGUCAAGGCACACCAACGCUCAUCUUUCAAACGGAUGUGGCCAUGAAUGUCACAGCUUCCUAUGCUGACAAGAAACUCUUCCUGCAGGGUAAUCCAUCAGAGAUCUUUGUAUUGCAAGCUAAGCUGCCCUUACAAAAUCAACAGAUGCAAGAUGAGGUGCAACUGGAGUUUAUAAGAGAGGCUGUGGAGAAGAUAGGCAUUCCCAAAGUGUUGUCUGUUCUUGAGACUGAGCUAACCAGACUGUUGGACAAACAGGGAACCAACUUAUUUGAUAUCUUCAAUCCCGAAGUGCUUCCUCAGGACGGCUUUGUGGUGAUUCAGAUGGAUUUUGGUUUCCCUCAUCACCUCCUGGUUGAGUUCCUCAAGAAGAGACUAGUGUAACUGCAUUCCUUUAUGCAUCUUGGGCCAUGAAUAAUGACUUGCCUAAAAAUGUUACUUGUAUUAAAAAAUGUACCCUUCACAGUGAUUAUCAACAUAAAUACGUUGUACAAAAGAUGUCUCUUAGUGGCAGAUUUACAUUUUGACCAUUUUUAAAUGUUUUUUGGCCAAGUUCCAUUCAUUUUUCCCGUAGUUUAUGUCUGUAAAACAACUAGACGAUGGAACAUGGAAACUAUGAUUCCAGUAUGUGGAAAUUCUUCCAUUGUGGUCUUUUAAUCGAAAAGUGUGGGCUAUGAAAAAACGCAAUUGUUCCUUAAAGUAAUUUAUUUGCUCUGGAGUUAAAAUGAAAAACUGCAAUAGGCAGUUAAAACAUUCCUGUUACCCAACAUGAAAUGGGCCAUUGCUCCACAAAGCUUUAUGUAAUCAUGAUUAAAGUUGCAUAGAUUGUGA